AUGCGCUUCUAUUACUUGGCUCUCUCAGCCCUGGCUGGACAGGCGCUCGCUGCCCCUUCACCAGCAGCCGAUAACCAUCCAUUGCCGCAAAAUUGGCUGUACAGUCCUCAAAUUGACGACGUGGCCUUGAACCUGUUGGAUCGACCCGAUAUCGUUGGAGUUCAAGCUCAGUAUACUUGGAAGUCUCUUGAGCCAACUCAAGGUCACUAUAAUUUUUCCAGAAUUAGGUGCGAUUACAAAAAUGUACUCGCCAAAGGCAAGAAGCUCUGGGUUCAGGUUCAGGACAGAAGCUUUGAUGUCUCUAAUGAUCCUGUCCCUAAAUACUUGCAUACACCGUACUACAACAAUGGAAGUGCACCUUCUUGUGAUGGAGAUUCCUGCGAUGGCAACUUCAAUAUCACUGGCUAUGUAGCGCAGCAAUGGAAUGCACGAGUUCGCUCUCGCUACCAGGCACUCUUAAAGGAGUUGGCUCUGAAUUUUGAUGGUAAAAUUACUGGACUCAACCUACCAGAGACGUCCAUCGCUGUGGACGUAACUGCGAACAACUACACCGACGAGGGCUACUUCCUGGGUGAACUGGAGAACGCCGGCUACGCAGCCAGUGUUUUCAAGAAGAGCUAUGCUGUGCAGUAUGUCAACUUCUGGCCUGAUGGAUGGAACAACACGAACAACCGUUUCACCGACUCCUUCAACUAUUACGCAAAGCAUGGCGUCGGUGUUGGCGGACCAGACUUGAUCCCGAACAAGCCAGGGCAAAUGGCAAACUCAUACGUGUAUAUUCCGGAGUAUCACAACAAGGUACCGAUUAGUGUUAUAGCUGUUCAGCAGCCUGACGUGCUGAAUGAGACCAAUGCGGCUACCGGAAAGCCGUUUACGAAGCAGGAAUUUGUUGAUUUCGCGGUUAACGAUCUCAAAGUUGAUAUCAUCUUUUGGACAACAAUUGUACCUUGGCUGCAAGGCAACUAA